ACUGGUGCUUAUAUAGUGAUUUUCUAUUUUCAUGUGGACUAAAGUAGUGGACUGACCAACAGACUGACAUUAACAUCAGAGCCGUGCUGCUAGUGUGGCUAAAAGAAAAGAGAAGAAGAGACAGUCAUGUUGAUAUGAACAUUAGAGAAACACAUCAUGGAGCUGAAAUAUGAUCCUGCUUCCUCAUUUGGACUCAUUCACCUCAGCUGACACAUUCAACAGCAGACAGGUUUUUGUAGCAGUCUGUCUCACUGUGGGAGGAUACUACAUCUUUGGCUCUGGAACUAAACUGUCUGUAACAGAUGGAAAUCAGAGCACCCAGAAAAGAACGACACAGGCACCGAGAGUUCAUGCAAACACACAGCAGAGGCCCACCCGACCAGCAGCAGGACCCAGAGUCCACCUGGAGGGGAACAGCUCCCUGCUGUGUGUGCCCCCAGCCAUGUUUCCUCCUCUGGUCCAGCUGUCUUGUAAAAGACAGAAGAAGAACAGCCAGCUGAAGGAGCUGCCCCCUGCUGAUGGAGAGCAGCUGGGGCUGAUCCAUGAACAAGAGAACAGCACAUAUAAAUGUAACUGCUAUGUGAAGCACGAGGGGGGCACAGUGGAGGCCCAAACACAACAAGAGGUUCCAGCUCCAGCAGCCUCCUGUCCUCCAGAGAGAGAGCCAGCAGACCUGCCAGCUCUGCAGCCAGCUGACUUGUCCUUCCAGUCUCAGUGCAGGGUGAAGCUGCUCUGCCUGCUGUACACAGUGCUGAUAGUGAAGAGUCUGGUGUACUGCUGUGGACUCUCUCUGCUGAUGAUCCUCACAAACAAGGGACCGUCCACCAACUGCACACAUGCUGACUGACUGUUUUCUGCUCGCCUUUUCUCACCAUCAGAUUUCCUCGAGUCAGCAGUCAGAAAU